AUGGGACAAAAGUUUCCACGAAAUUGUCAUCAUUUUAAAUGGAUCUGUUCAAUAAUGAUUAUAAUGAUAACUGUCAUUAUAAUACCGAAUAAAAUAUUUUCAAUGACUAUACAUGAUAAUCCGAAACCGGAUAGUUUCUAUGAUGAUAUUAAUAAUGAUGAUAAUGACGCUGAUGAUUCAACUCUUAUUAAUAAUAGUUAUCAAAGAUAUUUAAGUCAACAAUCAUUAAAUCCAUAUCAACAUGAAUUAUACAAAUAUCCUAAUAGUAUUACAUAUAAACGUGGUCCAGCUCCAUCAUUUAGAAAUUCACCAUCAUUUUCAUUUAAUGGUGAUAUGCGUUCAAUUUCUAAUUUACGACAUAUGAUGUCUGGUGCUAAUCCAUUAGCAGCAUUUGGGUAA